AUGGAUUCUCUAGCAGACGAUAAUUUUUAUUUAAACAAAGUGUGGGUACAGUGUGAAAACAGCAGCUGUUUAAAAUGGAGACUAUUAUCAAGUGAUGAUGCAGCACAAGUUGAUAGCAGUGCACCAUGGUAUUGUUAUAUGAAUGCUGAUCCAUGGUUUAAUAAAUGCUCUGAUUCUGAAGAAUGUUUUCCUGAGACAGCACAGUUUCAAAAAUAUGGAUUAAAGUAUGUGUAUUCAAAGCUUCCUUUAGGAAGUUUAGUUUUGGUGAAAAUGCAUGGGUGGCCACGGUGGCCUGGCAUUGUUUGUCCCGAUCCUGUUAAUGGACAAUAUGUGGUAUAUGAUUCAGAUGAAAAUGUUGAAAGUCAUCAUGUAGAAUUUCUGGGGAAACCCCAUUCCAGGGGUUGGGCUGCCGUAGACCGCAUUAACCAUUUUCCUAGCUCAUUUAAGCCUGACAUAUGUAAGAGGAAAAAAGCCUGGUUUGAAAGUGCACUGGAAGAAGGAAACAAAUUGCUUGCCUGUUCUGCUCAGGAAAGGCUUGAAAUGUGCUACUUAUCAAAAAAGG